UGUCUGCUAUAUGAGAGUAUAAAUUUUGGUAGUCUUCUUCCUUGAAGGACACCGCCACCGCCUACUCAUAUAGCAUGGCUUUAACUUCAACCACCGUACCCUUUAUUGGCCUUACCUUGAUUCUCCUUACAUGGCUGUGGUUCAGAAAGAACAAGGACAAGAAACUGCCUCCAGGUCCGACAGGUUUCCCUAUAUUUGGCAGCCUUCAUUUGCUAGGGAAGUCCCCUCACCGAGCUCUGCAUCAACUAGCCAAAAAAUAUGGUCCAAUUAUGCAUCUGAAGUUAGGGUUGGUGCCUGCUAUUGUUGUCUCAUCCCCUGAAGCUGCCGAAUUGUUUCUCAAGAUCCAUGACCUUGCUUUUGCGAGCAGGCCUCCUCAUCAGGCUGCCAAGUACAUUUCCUACGAACAAAAGAGCUUAUCUUUUGCCCCAUAUGGCUCUUAUUGGCGUAACGUUCGCAAGAUGUGCACCCUAGAGUUGCUCAGCAGCCUUAAGAUCAAUUCUUUCAAAUCCAUGAGAAAACAAGAGCUUCAACUCUUGAUUGAUUAUGUCAAGGAAGCUUCACGUCAACGUGUUUGUGUUGAUCUCAGUGCUAAGGUGGCUUCUCUUAGUGCUGAUAUGAGUUGUAGAAUGGUUUUUGGGAAGAAAUAUAUGGACAAGGAGUUUGAUGAGAGAGGCUUCAAAGCUGUAAUUCAAGAGGGUAUGCAGUUAACUGCAGCUCCUAACUUUGGUGAUUACAUCCCUCAGAUUGCAGCGCUUGAUCUUCAGGGUCUGACAAAGCGCAUGAAGGCUGUUAGUAAGGUGUUUGAUGAUUUCUUUGAGAGAAUUAUCGAUGAGCAUAUUCAAUCCAAGGACGAAAACCGAACAAAGGACUUCGUCGAUGUCAUGUUGGGCUUCGUGGGUUCUGAAGUAUCUGAGUAUCAAAUAGGUAGAGAUAACAUCAAAGCCAUAAUCUUGGACAUGCUUGCAGCAUCAAUGGACACUUCAGCCGCAGUAAUAGAGUGGGCAUUAUCUGAACUCAUAAAACACCCUGGAGCAAUGAAGAAAGUUCAGAAGGAGUUGGAAGAGAAAGUUGGGAUGGAAAGAAUGGUGGAGGAAUCAGACUUAGAGAGCUUGGAAUACUUAGAGAUGGUUAUAAAGGAAACUUUCAGACUCCAUCCAGUGGCUCCAUUACUACUCCCUCAUGAAGCAACGGAAGACGCCAUUAUUGAUGGUUUUCUCAUACCCAAAAAGUCGCAUAUUAUUAUAAAUGCAUGGGCAAUUGGAAGAGAUCCAAAAGCUUGGACUGAUGCAGAGAAGUUCUGGCCAGAGAGGUUCAUGGGGAGCAACUUAGACAUUAGAGGAAGGGACUUUCAGCUUCUCCCAUUCGGCUCAGGCCGGAGGGGCUGCCCUGGAAUUCAACUGGGGAUGACUGUGGUUCGACUGGUGGUGGCGCAGCUGGUGCAUUGCUUCAACUGGGAGCUCCCAAAUGAAAUGGUGCCAAGUGAUUUGGAUAUGACAGAGGAGUUCAGUCUAGUGACUCCAAGGGCCAACCCUCUCCACGCCAUUCCUACUUAUCGUCUUCACAUCUGAACUUACGCAUUGUGUAUUUGUGUAUGCUGAGAUCGAUAUUGGAUUAUAUGCCCUUUGCCUUUGGUUGCUCUUUCAA